CGCUACGAUCACGGAGAAGGAGCUGCGAGAUCGCCUUGCUGCAAUCAUGGAGACGACCUCGUCCAAGAACAUCGAGUCGGUAGAUGCCCUCAACAAGUGCUUCCGGACGCUGCGCAUGCCGAAGAUGACGGAUGACGCCGCGUCGAUCAGACGUGACUACAUGUGUCAAAUCGGCAAGAUCAUCGAUAAGCAGGCCCUUACCGAAGCGAUCAAGGUGAAGGCCAUUCGCCGUAUUGCGAUCAAGGCCAUCACGGAGAAGAUCGAACCGGCGUGGGUGAAGCACGAGGUGUCGCGACAUCUAGAAGUCAACCCAGCUAAGUCGCUCAAGGCAUUGAAGCCUACCAAAAUUUCAGGACGGGGCUAG